GAAGCGUUUAUCAAAAGGCAGGGAGGAUUAAAUAUGAGAGAGAGAGAAGAGAGCAGGCAUAGCACAGAGAGAGAGAGAGGGGAGAGGGGAGAGAGAGCUGCAUUGUGUGGAGCCUUGGGAAAAGACCAGAAGCUCCUAUAGUCCCUCCACUCAACACAGAGCAGCCACACAGAGAGAGUCACAACCCUCCCUCACACUUCUCUCUCUGGAUACCAUAGGAACCUGUCUUACAGCUGAUUUUGCACUGGAUACUACAGCCAACCGGAUCAGAGGAAAAUCCUGGAUACUACAGCCAACCGGAGCAGAGGAAAAUCCUGGAUACUACAGCCAACCGCAGCUAGUUAAGAACUUCUCUUUUAUUUGGAAUCCGGUGUGUUCCAUGAAGCCCUGAUGAUGAACUCGAUUGUAAAUUAAGUGCAUCGUAUCGCAGCCACCGAGUACACAGCUUGUCUUUACUAAGAGCCCUGAUCAGAGAAGACGACGUGAAGGAGAAAGAUUCUGGAGGUUUUGGUCGGAGCAGUACACAUCUUCUUUUCUAUACAAUACUCCUGGGGAGUGCACUCAUCAUCCGCCAGUUGAAGGGAGAGGGGGAGAUUGUAUCGACCGAGAGAAAGAGAGAGAGAGAGAACUGGCUGUAUGAUUGCGUUAAGCGAGCUAGACAGAAUGUUGACUUAUUUCAAACCCCUCCCUUGCUCACUCGCUGCUCGCACUGUCUGUCGCAGACAGCUUGUUUAGUGACCUAUAAAACUCUUCUGACUGGACGAAAAGGACAUUUACAUUACAACUGUGAGAAAAAGGUGUUUCGGUCCAUCACAAGAGGCAGUGUGACUACGGAUUCCCCACAAAACGGGGUUUUGUUUUUCUGGGUAGGCUAAGAUUAACAGUAUCGGACAAUUGGUGAUUCUUUAAAGCACCUCCUUUAGCUCACAAGGACCGGAGACAGUAAGAGAAAAGUAGACCGGUCCAUCUCCGUGGACAAAACGGACAAUAAAGCCACUUUUGUUCUAAACAUGGUUUGUUCUUCUUCAGGACAUGACAGAGAGAAAAGCUCCAACAGGACUCAGCUUCUCCACGUGUUAUAAUUAAACCUCCGGACCAGCGCCCAGUUUUAUAAUUGGGCUGCUCUGAUGAGUCCUGCCGCAGCAACAGUUCCCAGGACUAACCCAUGUGAUAAGACAUUUUAAUGGACUUUCAAGAGGUGAGGAGCGUAUCACUAAAAGCUGUGAUGCAGAAAUAAAUCCCGGAGUGAAAUGAUGUGCUUUUUCUUUUUGUCAGGGAUCCUUGACCCUUCGUCUCUCAGUCACAUGAAAUUAAGUUUUCUUGGGUUUCCCCAACCUGGGCAGGGACAGAGACUUUUACAGCCAUUCAACUAGUUAAACUGCCUUCCAUUUGCUAAUUCUUCUCUCCUCCCAUCUGGACUACUGCCCUGCAAUGGAGGGGCAGGCUGCUAUGGCAGCUUUCACACUCUCUGCUGCUACGUUACAGCUGUAGCUCGUAUAUCCCCCAAACCGCCACCACUCCAAGAUUCCCGUUGAGACAGAGUACACCAACCUCCAACUCCGCUCCUGUUGAGAGACAGAGAGGGAGACAAAGAGAGAAAGACUGUGCACCUAACUUUUAUUGAGGAAGAAAGACAACCAGGAGCCCCACGGACGGACAUAAAAAUUCCUGGUGUCACUCUCUCGUCCCCUUGUCGUGUCCCGUCAGCACAAUGCUCAGGUCUCAGGCUGUGACUACCCCUCUGGUGCUGAACUCUCUCCUCCUAGUGCUCCUGCUGCAGCAAGCCGGGGUCAGGGCUGAGACAGGGGUCGCGGCUGAGCCCGGGGUAGGGGCAAGUGAGUCUGGGGUCGGGGCCAGUAGAUGUCCCAAGGGCUGCCUGUGUUGCUCCGACAUCCUCAGCUGCGUCGACCAGGGUCUGAAGGCACUGCCCUCCGAGCUGCCCGCGUACACCACCACCCUGGACCUCAAUCAUAACCGCCUGAAGGAGCUGAAGAAGGGAAGCUUUGCUGCGCUGCCCCGUCUGGAGUCUCUCCGCCUGGCUCACAACUCUCUGAAAUGCCUCGAGCCCGGAACCUUCUGGAACAGCAGCGCGCUACGACAACUGGACCUGUCGUCCAAUCAGCUGGAAAAGGUAGAGGUGCACUACUUCCUGGAGCUGACAGGAUUGGAGGAGCUGCUGCUCUUCAACAACCGCAUCGUCCGCGUGGAGAGCAAGGCCUUGGAGGCGCUCGGCAACCUACGCAAGGUCUACAUCAGCCACAACCGCCUCACGGACUUCCCCUUCUCCAUCCAGGAGGACAGCCACCCCUUCCUAGCCACCAUGGACCUGUCCUCCAACAGCAUGUCCAAACUCCCCCUGGUGGACAUCGAGACCCUGCCGGCGGCCUUGCAGAGCGGACUCUUCCUCCACAACAACACCCUGAUCUGCGAAUGCGAAAUGUACAAUAUGUUCCGGCGCUGGGAGCAGAAGGGGUUCCUCUCGGUCAGCGACUUCCGGGAGGAGCACACCUGCCUGGUGUAUGGGGAACACAAGGCCUCCGUUAAAUUUUUCCACCACAGACGCUUCUUUGAAGUGAACUUGAAGUGCAGCACGGCAGUGGCUGGAGCUCUAUGGGAGCCUGAGGGAAGCCUGCUGGUGUACGAAGGAGCCGCCGUGGUUCUGGACUGUCACACCAUGCUCAAAGGACAGCACCUAACCUACUUGUGGGUUUCGCCUCACCACGGGGCAGGUGCCCCGCCGGAGAACAACGGCACUCUCCGCAUGCACGCCAACGGCAGUCUGGAGAUUGUGUCGGCGCAGGUCGAGGACUCCGGCGUGUACUGGUGCAAGGUUUUCGACGGGACUAAGAGGAACGAGUCAUGGGAAGUGAACGUGACGGUGUUGAUGCGACACGACGAAACCGAGCCCUUCAACACGGGGUUUACGACCCUCAUAGGGUGCGUGACGACCCUCGUUCUGGUCCUCAUGUACCUUUACCUGACCCCCUGCCACUGCUGGUGCCACAAGCAGCCCCCUCUGCCGGGUACCCCCAGCCCGGCCAAUGACCAGUGCAGUGCCCAGUCCUCAAUCCUGACCCCCACCCCGCCCGCCACCACAGAGGGCCCAGGCCGCAAGGUCAGUAACAACAAGCAUGUGGUGUUUCUGGAACCCAUCAAAGAAGUGCAGAACGGCCGGCUAAGGGCGGCUACAGGUGCGCUGUCCCCAGUCUCGGUUUCAGGCCACUCCAUCACCUCAGUCUUCUCAGACUCACCCAUCGUGCCAUAGCACCAGGCAGACAAGCCAUCUCCUACUGUACCUUCCCUCUACCCAACACCUGCCUCCUCUGUCCCACCCCACCCCACUAGCAGAGAGAGUGGGUUGGGUUACCCACCAGGCAGGGCAGAGAGUUAGACACUGCCUGUCAGAGUAGGAUAGAUAGAUUGCAUUGCCACCCAGGGGUGAGGCAGAAGACACCACAAGAGGGAGAUUGAGACAGAAAUAGAGAGAGGAAGAGAUAUGCAGGGAGAUGGAGAGGAACAGAUAGGCAGGGAGAUGGAGAGCAAGACAGCAAAAGAGCAGAGAAAUUAACAUCCAGCACAAACUCAACUGGCCCAGGCCAGGUUUGACUGGACUGCCUUUCUGAGGAGUGGAACUACAAGGAUCCUGCAUGUUGAGUGAGAAACAGUGCUUCUGGACUAGGGCUGCAACAUUCUUUUAACUUUCUCAAAACAUUCCCCCGAUUUCCCAGAAAUCCUGGUUACGAGGAAAUAAGCAGGAAUCCGUGAAUUCUUGAAACCAGGAUUUCUGGAAAACCAGAGAACUUUGAGAAAGUUAACAGAGUUUUGCAACACAAUACCGGGUGUAUAUCUAGAACUAUAUCAAAACAAAGCAGGAUAGAGCUGUCCCUGUUAGCACGGCUUGAACCCUUUAAUAAAACCAGAGCUAGUGUAUGAAUGCCUUGUCGAAGAAAAUCUGAACAAAAUCAGCCAUAAGUGUACAGCUUGAAACCUUUUUAUAGCAAGUAGCCUAAAGAUAGCAAGUUAGAUGACUAGCAGAAACAUAUUUACAAAGUAUACCUUUAAGCAGAAUGAAUGUGACCUUUAGUAGAAUAGAGAAACAACAAUGUUAAGGCAUUUUUUAUUUAUUUUAUAUAUGAAACUAGCAGUAGAGAAAUGUGAUUUGAAACCCCACUGUAAAGUCCUGGUGGAUUCCUACCUUCGCUUAGCUGUCGGAUAAACAAACAACGGAAGGAAGAAACAGGAACACAGUGUGUGUGCAGAACAGUUCAGCAGAAGGAGACAGUUUUUUUGUUGUUGUGGCAAAAAUGGAUUCAUCCAUUUAUUUCUUAGUUAUUAAGAGACUGGGCCGUGGUUUCACUGUGAGGAUAGAGGGGGCUGUUUCUGCUCUUAACAACUUUCUUACUGAUGCUUUUUCAUCCGCUACUGACACCGACGGAUACAGAAUAUUGAGAGACAAAGUGACAAGAGAGCUGAUGUUACCUGUUAUGGUACAUUUGUUCCUGGAUUGACAGGAGGACACUCCAACAGCUCGCUGUUUUCCUAAUGGAAUUAUGUUCCUCUUCUGCCAACACGUACCCCCACCCUCCUCCCUACCCCACGUACCCCAACCUUAUCCUUCCCACGUACCCCACCCUCCUCCUCCCUACCCCACGUACCCCAACCUUAUC